GCCCGCAUGCAUGGGAGAUGCUAGUUUACAUUUCCAAGCUGGCUUAACCUGCCCAGUGCGGACCAAUGGGGUCUCGGGGCGAAACAAGGAUACGGGCGAGGCAUUUCGACGUUGAGUAUGCUGCAUGUCCCGUCCAGAGGCCCGUGGUCUCUGAACCUGAGAUGACACAGUCGGCCGUGGGAAUAGGUAGCACCGGAGCUGGGGCCCGCCGUUUGCGAUGGAGUUUUGACCGAAGCCUGUAGAUCGGCAAAGGACGAUCCUCAUUCGCCGUUGGCGCAGCUGUUGAAGGUUUAGCUCGAUAUUGACGAGCAAGCCUCCGGCGGAUUCUAGUUUUUGAAGAGGUCUGACUAAGGUGUCAGUAGACCUGUGCGGGUCCCAUCAUGCCAUCGAACCACUUUGUACAACUCGUUG